AUUAUGGCGACGGCUGAUACGGAUGUGGAAUAUGCUUUUAGAGAACCAUCCAUAUUAUUGCUUACGGCGUCACAAAAUAACGUUAAUAAGUAUGAUGUCCUUCAAGUGAUACGAUCAGUUGUUCGAAGGCAGCAAGUCCUUCUCUCACAUGACGAUGAGUACGAGAACUUCUUUGCAUCCUUCUCCGCACUGUCGGCUCACUUCAUCAUCACAAACUCUUUUCAUAUACCUAAAAGCCAGAUUGGCUGUGCAGCUCAGGCAUGCAAAGUUCUUCUGCAAUACUUUUUACACAAACUGCAACACAUAACGGAUCAGUGUUGUAUUUCACAAAAACAGAUAGUGUCAAUCAUCUAUGGACUAUGUGGUGACUCUGAAUCUCAGGUUCUUUCACGAUCAGAAGUGCCUGUCCUCACAUUAGUUUUGAAGGCCAUCAAAGAUCCUCCUGCAUUUGCAAUUAGGAGUAAUGAAUUCCAAGAUGGGCAUGAUGAUGUCAAGGAGCCCAAACGUCCACGUUUGGAUCCAAGUGCGAGCAUUCUGGAGCAGUUGAUGACUCCCAUGCUGGAUUCCCAUGGUGGCCAGAAACAAGAAGGGCCUUUGGAAGUAGUAGAUAAGGAUGGUGACACCACCAUCAUCCAUAUCCCAGAUCCUGGACAGGAGUGCAAGGCAUUGCUACUUGCAAAAAAUAAACUGGCCUUGCAGCUGCUUAGUGGAGUGGAUGUGCUCCUAGACAUGAGUCUGUCUUUGCCAAUCCUGAGCCAAUACACUGCAAAGCUACAGGAUUCUUUAGGUGGUAAAGGAUUGCUCUUACCAUCAUGCACCACUGGUGCUCUCAGAAUUACUAAUUCGUACAAAGCUUUGGCAAGUGACAUAGAAACUGUUGGCAAGGCUUUAAGCUUGCCCGUAUUGGAACCUCUGACAGAAGACCGGAUGAGAAAACUGAUGAAAAUAACACUAAGUUGCCUGUAUGCGUCAAUAACUGUGGCAACAUCCACUGGCAUUCCUGGGCUCUCUGGCAGUCCUCAACUCAAGGGCACUAAUGCCAAGGACGAUGAAAAUGAGAGCUGUUCUGUUGCUAUCGUAGAAACCAGCCUGGAAAUAUACAAUACCAUUGCUGCUGUUAUCAGUAAUUCUACACGAGCUGGUGGUUAUGUUUUGCAAAAUCUUCACAUGAUUGGUUCCUGGAUUUUACUGGGAGGUUUGCAGUAUAUUUUGAACUUUAAUCCAUCUCAGUCUGGUGAAAGAGCUAAGGAAGCUUCAUCAAGAGGAAAAGUGACCCCUGAUCAGACGCCUUCCAAAGCCAAAGACACAGCACCUACAACUAAGCCAAUAAUUCUGAAAAUCCAACAAGGGUGUGGAGUGCUGUCUGUUGCACUGGCCACCCAUGCCAUGACACUGCUGUCUGCGCUACUGGAUGACUUACGAGUUGAAGUGGGUCAGAAUCUCAUAGAAAACGUUGGUGGCUCCCUAUUUGCCUCCCGUGGACCAUUUACCGUGGCCGACAUCACCGAAAAGUUCACAGCAUGGCAACGUGUGCAAAAGCUGACUUCCAGCAUCAAUUUGACAAAUUUGUUGUUCAGUCUCGCCUCUGUCAGCUAUAGAAAAGCUUGCAUGCUGAAAAGAAUUCAAAAGAACACGCAAGAUGGGGAUAAUUUUAGUUCAUCUGAUUCAAAUACCUAUUAUGAAGAUGAUUUUAGUUCUUCAGAAGACAGCAGUGUAGAAACAGAUGAUGAUAGCGAACCCAUUUUGGGACAAUGGUUUGAAGAAACUCUGGAUCCACCUGAGCCGCCAGAUGCUACAUCACCUCCAGCAGCUACCAACAAUGAUGCUGAUAACACCAAUAGCAAAGCUCAGCAACAGCAACGGGUGACUUCCGAGAGUGGGUCACUUGUACCUGACAAGGGUGAACCAAAUGGGUAUAUCAGUCUGGCAUCAAAAAUCUUCACUUUUAUGAAUAACUUCUUAGUAAAUUUUGACAAUCAAUGUAUCAAAACAUUUUUAAAAUAUAAUUUGGGAGAAUCCCAAAUGAUUGUUCUGGCAGGGAUAAUCAAAGAUUUAGAUCGAGAAACCUCAAGAACUGACAAUGGUUCAAUCUGCAUCUACUUUGGGCCUGUCCUGGGACAGUUGUAUGAUGAAUUUUCUCAGUCAUUAGCUAAAUUUAUUCACAACAUUUUGGCAACAAAUAUGUUAUCUGACAAUUUACAGAAUGUGCUGUUGGCUCAAUUGGGUGUUAGUCCCUGGAAUCAAGAAACCUGGCCACUACAAGUGUUUUCAAGAACACUAUCAGUCUUAGCUCAGACUCUGCUGCUUCGUCAGCAAAAAGAAAAGGAUGAACUUCGAAGUGAAAGUGAGGCGUCUUGUGUUCUAAUUUGGCAGAGGCUUUUGAACACACUAAAACGUGCCAUAUUGACACCAUCUGCAUUCUCUGUUGAAGAGGGCGAAGACAUCAAUGUAGAGCAUGCCCAGCUUCUUUUGUUUUUGUUCCAUAACCUGCAUCUUAUGCAGAAAAAGAGUGUUCUCUUGAUGACAGCACAAACAAUCAUGGAAAUUUCUCCCACUGUCAUGAGCCCCUUGAAAGAUCUCCAAAUCCUUUACCUUGCAAGAAUGCUUCUGAUCUUUGAAUACAUGAUGCGGAAUUUGUAUGAUGCCCCACCUUCGCUCAUUGAGCAGAUUCAGAAGAAUUUAUUUAGCUUCCAAAGUGUGACAGCUCUAACUGAAAAGGAUAAUACCAAAAAACAAACUAAAUUAUUUUUUGCCUGUAAGGACAUUGAAGAAAAUUAUGUGAAAAAUUUGCCUCCAGAAGAAAGUCAAGGUGCUGGAUCUAAGCCAAAGUUUUUUAAUCUCAUGUCUGUUGACUUCAGCAAUCAAGAAGUACCAAAGUUAGAUGGCUUUGCUCUCAGUUUCAUUUUGAGCAGCGGAGAUAUUCUGAAAUAUCCAAGUUUUUAUUAUUCCAUUCAGAACUUGGUUUAUUUAGCAUCUCAGUGUGACAUGCCAGAAAGAGUCACAUCAGAGCAACUCUCGUUUCUUGGCUAUUGUGCAAUCCAGUACUCUAUGUCCAUUACCUGGCGCUUGCUGCUGUGCCUACCCCCUUCUGUGCAGUCACUGGAGUCUAUUUCCACUGGUACAUCUGCAUUGAAUGAUGCUGAGUGCCUCCAUGCUGUUAUUUGGGCCUCACGUGCCACGCACAAAGUGUUUUCUGGCUGGAUGAAGGACACACUGGUCAAGCAAGGACUGACCACUCAGAAGGCAGAGGUGCUUUCCCGAUCUGUCGCCAAGAAUGCAUGCACUGUAAAAUUUGAUAUCAAAGUGGCCAAGCAGUUAAUAACAAAAUUGCUUCAACGUAUCCCAUCUUCAUCUUCUGAACCCUGUUCUAAAGAGCAAAUACCUCGCCUCUUUGAUGUUUUCCUCAUUGAAUGUGCUGUUGCAAAAGUUCAAGUGGCCCUUGAUGAAUAUUUCUCGAAACCCCUGAGUGAGAAUGCAAAUACUGAAGCUAAAGAAUUGGCUCAAGAGAUGUUGCCAAUAAUAUUGCAAUCUAUUGAAAUGUUGUCUUCUUGCAUUAGGUGGAACCUCCUGCACCAGUUUUCAGACAUGUCAACAAAUGCGGCACAGUCCUCUCCAUCUCCAAGCCCGAAAACCCUGCAAGCAUACAACACUGUUUUGCGCAUGGCAUCUGGUGGGACAUCUAAAGUGUCCACUUUCACCUCAGCCAUUGCUGAUUUCCUGCCUCCCUUGCUCAGGUCUGUCUUGGGACAGUGGAAUUCUUACACAGUAACUACAACUGCAUGGAGAAAUGAUUUUGCCAAUGAUAUCAUACCAUCAGAAAGUUACAUAUCAUCCAUUGAAAAUUCUCACAUGAACUCUUUAUCAAGUCAAGGAAGAUUCACAAUAAGUCCAAAUUUGAAAAGGCUACUGCACACUUUAGUUCGUUUUGCUGGUGAUCUGAUAAUAUGGUGUCCUGAAAGUAACAGCUCCAAAGAGAUGAUUCGAGUCAUGCUUCCUCUGCUUUUGGAUGCAACUACUGAAUCUGUCGGAGAUUAUACGACUUUGGCCUUGGAACGCCUCAUUGGGGCUCCAGAUGGGGAUGAGCACCUGUCUUUUAAUUAUUUUGAGGUUCUGACACAAAGUUAUGAUUUGCUCAUUAACCAUUCCAGUAAGGAAAGUGACGUAGAUGAACGGAUAUUGCAUGAAUGCUUGAAAUUCAUGGAAAGCCUACUGGAUAAAAGUGCUGGAAAAAAAGCCAUGGAGACUUUUUUCACCGAUGAUGGAGAUAAUGAUAUGGUUAACAUCCUACUCUCAGCUGCAAACAGCAACCUUAGCCCUGUUUAUGGGACUCGAGUAUUAAAAUUCUUCAGUAAACUAUUUCAGCAAAGAGAGAAAAAUCCAGGAGAUAAGACAUUGGAAAAGCUCUGCUCUUCCUUAUGCAAAAUGAGCAAAUUGGGAAAGGUUGACAGCUCAACACUUCAGCAGUGGCUCAGUAAAGUGAUUUUUGGUGGUGCAUCCCAGAUAGAAGAAGGUAACAGUGUCCAGGAAAACAGACUACUAUUGCAGAGUUUAACUUCAUAUAUUGUGAAACAAAAUAGUGCCGUUGGCGAGAAAGUUGCAAACACAUUCCUGUCUGCGGUCAUUCCAAUGGGGUCACAAAUCCUCUCUCCCGCAUCCGAAGGGAUUGGCUUUUCCGAGCUCAUGGUUGUCAUGGCAAUUCUGUCUGGUGCUGGGUCAGGAGCGGGCCAUGUGCAGCUCUUCAAAGCUACUCCUUCUUGGCUGGAAUUAUGCAAAAAGUAUCUUGCUCAGAAAGAUGUCUUAGAAAAACUUGAACAAAAUGUUUCCGGUGGAAAACAUCAAAUAAUGAUGGAGUCUACUUGUUACUUGUUAUCGUACAUGGCUGAUAUUGUUGGUGCUCUGAGAUAUCAGAACGAUAAGUUAGCUGGGAUCAGCAGGACUGGAACUGCAUCUCCUCCCUGUGAAAGUGAUCUCCACCAUCCUGAGAUGGACUCUGAUUGGGCCGAAGAUGUGGGCCCAGAUGAAGAGGAGUCAGCUGGAGAAGAUUCGGAUGAAGAUUCUCUUUGCAAUAAGCUUUGCACUUUUACAAUCACUCAAAAAGAAUUCAUGAAUCAACAUUGGUACCACUGUCACACUUGUAAGAUGAUUGAUGGCGUUGGUGUGUGCACAAUCUGUGCAAAAGUUUGUCAUAAAGACCAUGAUGUAACUUAUGCCAAAUUUGGUUCUUUUUUCUGUGACUGUGGAGCAAAAGAAGAUGGAAGUUGUCAGGCCCUGGUGAAACGCAGCCCAAAGGCUGCCGUUGAGACUGGCACUCCCGCCCCCUCCACCGGCUUCUCUUUUGGAUCAGACUCUGUCCUUCCCAGUUCUCUGCGCAGAAGACCAUCCUCUCCUUCUGCUGCAGUUGGGGGAUCUAAUGCCAACGGAGAGCAAUCCCGUGGCCAGUCAUCAGAAGGAAAGAAGAGCAGUGAUGAGUCCCUCAAGAACAAGCAAGUGUUGUCCAAACAGUUAGAGGCAUCAAGAGAAGUUUUGCUGAGCUACAUGUCAAGCACCAGCAUUGCUUCGACUGUUUUGGAGUUGUUGAGCUAUCUUAUGCCGGCUGUUCGCCAAUCAUGUCAAAGAAAUUCUCCUAUCGGCAGCUCCAUAAGAGCACAGAGUGCUCUCGUAGAACUUCACAGUCAGGAUAAAGUAUUUGAACAGUCAGAUCAGCUAAUGGUUCCGACCCUGGGUUCCCAGGAAGGUGCCUUUGAGAAUGUGAGGAUGAAUUAUUCAGGUGAACAGGGCCAGACCAUUCGGCAAUUGAUCGGGAGCCACAUGAUCAGACGUGUCGCCAUGUGUUGUUUGGCUUCCCCACAGGGGAAGAGGCAGCAUCUAGCUGUCAGCCACGAAAAAGGAAAGAUCACUCUGCUCCAGCUGUCUGCUCUCCUCAAGCAAGCCGAUUCCAGUAAAAGAAAGUUGACUUUGACCCGUCUGGCUUCUGCCCCAGUGCCAUUUAUGGUUCUUUCCAUUACUGGUAAUCCCUACAAUGAAGAUUUUCUGGCUGUAUGUGGGCUCAAAGACUGCCACAUUCUUACUUUCAGUGGAUCAGGCUCUGUUUCUGAUCAUCUGGUAUUACAUCCGCAGCUAGAAUCAGGAAAUUACAUAAUAAAAGCCAUGUGGCUACCAGGAUCUCAGACAGAAUUGGCUCUUGUGACUGCUGACAUGGUUAAAAUAUAUGACUUAUCCCAAGAUGCUCUUAGUCCCCAAUUCUUCUUUCUUUUACCUAGCGAAAAAAUCCGGGACUGCUGUUUCAUCUUCUCCGAUGAUGGACAGCGCCAUUUGGUGCUAAUGUCUUCUGCUGGUCACAUCUAUUAUCAACCAAUGGUAGAAGAAAGCUGCGCAAAGCAUGGACCAUUUUAUGUUACUAAUAUUUUGGAAACAAAGCAUCCAGACUUAAAGGAUUCCAAUGGAAUGAUUGGUGGAGGUGGUGUAUCAAUCUACUACUCUCACACUUUACAACUCUUGUUCUUCAGCUACACCCAAGGGAAAAGCUUCAUUGCACCCUUAUCUAGAAUGUCUCCUCAGCUGUCCCAGAUGUUUUUGAUACAGAUGAAAAAUAACAGUAAUAAUGGAAACAAUAGUGGGAACAGCAAACCCAGUCCACAGCCCCUAUGCCAGUGGUCUGAGGUGGCUAAUCAUCCUGGUCUGAUCUUGGCUCAGAUGCAGGCUUCCAACAAUCCUGUGAUACUCAUGGUGAAGCCUGACACAGUGUUGGUACAAGAAAUUAAAUUCCUGACAGCAAAAUCAAAAAUUACAGACAUGGUUGCAAUAAGGCAUAUCAUCACCUGCGGUGAACUGAGGACUACACUCAUUCUUCUGUGUGAAGAUGGUAGCCUGCGGAUAUACAUGGCUAAUCAGGAUCAGACAAAUUAUUGGCUAACUCCCGCUUUUCAAUCUACAUCAGCAUCCAGUUCCAACAAGCCCUUAAAGAAGAAGAAAGCUGCUAAAAGUGGCCGUCCUGUGGGUAGUGUUUCUUUCCCAGUAGAUUUUUUCGAACAUUGUACUGCUAUGAAUGACAUUGAAUUUGGAGGAAAUGAUGUUCUGCAAGUAUAUAAUACUCAACAAAUCAAGCAUCGUUUGAACACCACAGGGUUAUAUAUUGCAAGCACAAAGCCCGCAGGAUUCACUAUUGAAGUCACUAAUGCAGAUAAUUCCAUGGUUAUGGUUGGUUGCCGCAUUCUUGUUGGCAAUCAAGAUAUUCAACGAGCUCCAUCCUAUAUUGAGAUAUUUGGUCGCAGCGUUCAAGUCAAUCUAACAAGAAACCGAUGGUACGAUUUUCCUUUUUCACGUGAAGAAUCUCUCACCGCAGACAAGAAGCUGUCUAUAUUUUUUGGUGCCAGUUCUGAUUCUUCUGGAGUUACAAUGGUGGAUUCAAUCAAAAUUUUUGGUAAAACUAAGGAAUCUUUUGGAUGGCCUGAAGAUAAUGAUGACUUCCCCACUCAAGCAACUGCUGGAGCAUCUGGGAAUUCUGCUACUGAGUCUGGAGUUGAGGUGGAUGGUAUUCCUGCAGCUCCAUUGCCUCUCACUCCCUUAGAUCGCCUUGUGAGUAGCAGCUUAGAGCUUCUAGAUGGAUGUUUUUCAGCAGGAAGCAGUUCAGAUGAUAAGCUUCAAUUGAAAAAUGCUGCCAUUGAUUUAACCACAUCUAUGUUAACUUUACCUACUCCUUCAGUUGUACAUGAUCAUGUAAAAAUCUUAUUAUCAACCCUCCACAAUAAUCGCAAUGCAUAUUGUUCUCAUAAAGAUGAGGCUCUUCUUAAUUAUGUUUUACAAUGUCUGAAUGCCAGUCAAGAAGGAAAACCAUCUGAAGAGCUUGAUGGUGAAGCUUUGUAUCGUUUAGUUGCCAUCACUAGAGGGGUGGCUGUUGCUCGCCCUGCAAAUUUGGUGCGUUUCGCUGAAAACCAUGAUUCGCUCAUGAUUACGGAAUCAGCAAUAUCCGAGUCGGACCAGAGUGUCAAAUUUAUUCAAGAUGAAAACAGCACUCAAUCAACAGAAAAACAUACUUCUGGAAAUACAGACAGUCCUCCAAAAUUUGAAUUUUCUAGUUCAGCUCAUUUUAUCAUACAACUUACUGAUGCAUUUUGGCACCUGCAUUCCAUGCAACCCUCAAAUCCAGCCAUAGCUCCUGUAUCUUUCCGAGGACUAGUUCAUGUGGAGUCCACUGUCCAUGCCUUAAUUGAAGUGAUUCAUGCAUUUACAACAUGUGAUCUUGAACAUGUAGCCCUAGCUACUAAGCUUUAUGUCAGACUGCUUUUGUGUGAAGAUACUGUUGUAAGCUUUGCUGCCAAGCAAGCUUUGAUUCGAGUUCUCAGACCACGAGUCAGAAGGAGAAAAGUUUUCAUCCCAUCUCCUCCUCACUGUAGUACUCCUGGUGAAAUUCAUGAUUCUGAAAGCAAUGAGACUAGGCAUCCUCAACCUCAAGCUCCUUCUCAAUCAGUUCCAAGUACAUCUAGCCAAGCUCAAGCACAAGUGCCUGCUCCUGCAGAAUUGGUUGAAUUUCAGUCAGACCUGGAACCAUUUGAAAUAGUGGAAGGCUUGGAUCCACUUGUCUUAUUACCUGCUGAUGGCUCACAAGGUGUACCCAAUCUAGAGGCACUCAUAGCCGGACCUGGAGGGUUCCCAAUGCUUGACAUGCCUCCAGAUGAUGAUGAGACCAUGGUAGAGCUGGCCAUAGCUUUGAGUUUGCAAGAUCAACCUGAAGACCAGGCUGGGGGAUUAUCUCUUCAAGCCUUAUCCCUUGCAUCUCAAGGUUCUCACCAUGCUUCUUCAUUAGAGGGAGGACAUUACUCUGACACUACAGCAUCUGCCGGUGGCAGUGAUGAUGAGGGAAGCACUGCAGCCACCGACGGGUCAACGCUGCGAACUUCUCCUGCAGAACAAGGGGGCAGUGCUGGCUCUGAAAGUGGCGGUAGUGGUGUGGAAUCUAUCAUGGGAGAGCAUAAUGUGAGUGGAAGAAGCAGUGCUUAUGGUGACAAUGUUCAGGAAAGUAUCGCCACUGGAGCCAGGUCAGAGACAAGUUCAGUUGGCUUACCAAGCUCCACCAUGCCUCAAGGGGAAGAAGGUCUUGACAUUGACACAGAUGUUGAUACCAGCUUCAGGCUUCACACAUUGCGACUCAUGCUUCUUGAAAAAAUGCUCAAUUACCUACCUGAGCUGUCUGAAGUGGGGGGAGUCCGAGCCAUUCCUUUCAUGCAAGUCAUUUUGAUGCUCACAUCAGAUUUGGUGGGCGAAGAAGAAAAGGACUGCGCUGCUUUAACCAAGCUACUUCCAGUUCUCAUAUCUGCCUUAGAUAUGAACAAUAAAGAUAUAUCAAAGAUUGCUGAAAGAACACCUUCGAGAGAAGUCAAUUUAAUAGUUAUGAGGCUGUUGAGCAUUAUGAUGUCUAGAGUUAAAGGUACUCCUAAAUCUAGUUUGGGUGAAUCCUCUACCUUCUGUAGCAGUGCAACUGCAAUGGCUCUAGUAUCGUCAAAUGCAAUUGAUUAUUGUCUGCAAGUGUUGAAAGUGCUGCUGGACUACUGGAAAGGCAUGCAAACAGAAGACAAAUCUUCAAGCAUAACUGGAAACUUGCUUAAGUCUCAUCCUUUAUCACCCCCUCCAGAUAUGUCACCUUUUUUCUUGAAGCAGUACGUUAAAGGCCAUGCAAAUGAUAUUUUUGAAGCAUAUCCACAACUACUGACAGAGAUGGUGUUACGCCUACCUUAUCAAAUUAAAAAGAUUUUGAACUCGGUGCCUGGUUCACAAUCCAUUUCUUUUUCCCAAUCAUGGUUUGUGUAUUUAUGCGAGUAUAUGAUGAUGCAGCAAACCCCAUUCGUCCGACGACAAGUUAGGAAGCUACUUCUUUUCAUUUGUGGGUCUAAAGACAAAUAUCGCCAACUGAGAGAUUUCCAUGCUCUUGAAUCACAUAUGAAAGAUGUUAAAAAUAUUUGUGAUCAGGGAGGUUAUGAAGAAUUUCCUGCUGUCAAUACUGUUCUUGGCUUAUCUUAUGAUUCAUUGAUAAACAUGAUAGAACACUUGAAAGCCUGUAGUGAUAUUGCUACAUCAAGAACUAUUAAUUGGCAAAAGUUCUGCCAGAAAGAUGAGAGCAUUUUGCCCUUUUUAAUUCAUGUAAGCUUCCUUCUGGAUGAAGGUGUAUCCUCUAUCAUUCUUCAGUUAUUGCAAUGUGCUUUAUGUGGAGCUAAAGCCAUCCAACAACAGCAAAUCACUGGCAGUUCAACACCUCAAGUAUCCACAUCCCCAUCUAAAGCACGAAAAGAAAAGGAAAAAGCUGAAACAGAUGAAGAAGCUAGUGACCCGUCUAAGACUGAUAUUGCACAGUGCAUGACCUUGGCCCAACAGGUAAACAAAUUUGUGGACAGAAACCUAUUUAGCCAUUUUAUCUGUGCUUUUCUACUGGAAUCCAACUCAACAUCUGUGAGGUGGCAAGCCCAUUCGCUUAUCUUUCAUUUGCAUAAAAAUUCAACUGCUGCCCAACAAGAGACAUUGCUAGACAUGAUGUGGAAGUUAUGGCCAAGGCUCCCUGCAUUCGGACGCCGUGCCGCACAAUUUGUUGAUCUACUCGGAUAUUUCACUUUGAACAUGUCCCAGCAAGAGAAGGAGAAGGAUUACAUUGAAAAAGGGCUCGAAAUCCUUCAUCAGCAAAACCAGUUGCUCAUGAAUCACCCUAAUUCCAACAUUUAUAAUUCUUUGCAAGGGUUAGUAGAAUUUGAUGGAUAUUAUUUAGAGAGUGAGCCCUGCUUAGUGUGCAAUAACCCAGAGGUUCCUUAUACCAAUAUCAAGUUGUCUGCCAUUAAAGUAGAUUCUCGCUUUACAACAACUACUCAGAUAGUCAAGCUUAUCGGCAGCCACACAAUUUCCAAAAUUACGCUCCGCAUCGGAGACCUGAAGAGAAAUAAAAUGGUACAUACGUUGAACAUUUAUUACAACAAUCGAUCGGUCCAGUCAGUAGUUGAACUGAAAAAUAGACCCUGGAUUUGGAACAAAGCCAAAAAAUGCACCCUUGCUGCUGGACAGACUGAACUAAAGAUUGAAUUCCCCCUUCCCAUUGUUGCCUGUAACCUGAUGAUUGAGUAUGCUGAUUUUUAUGAAAACAUCCAGGCAUCAUCUGAGACACUGCAGUGUCCAAGGUGCAGUGCAUCAGUUCCCGCAAAUCCAGGAGUAUGUGCUAACUGUGGUGAAAAUGUAUUCCAAUGUCAUAAGUGCCGUGCAAUAAAUUAUGAUGAAAAAGAUCCCUUUUUGUGCAAUUCAUGUGGAUUCUGUAAGUAUGCUAAAUUUGAUUAUACCAUCACUGCAAAACCAUGCUGUGCUGUCGAUCCCAUUGAGAAUGAGGAAGACCGUAAAAAAGCUAUAAGUACUAUAAACAGUUUGCUGGAAAAGGCAGAUCGUGUGUACAAACAGCUGAUAGCCAACAAGCCAGCCCUGGAGGGUCUCCUGCUACGUAUCUAUGAACAUGGUCUUCUUGAGAAAGGUCCUGAGGAAAGUGCAGGGCUAACAGCUGUUGGAGCUUCUGUGUCAUCCACCAAUGUUAACAGGGCCAUACAACAGCUUGCUCAACGAUAUUGUGCAGACUGCAAGGCAUCAUUUGAUGAACUGAGCAAAAUAGUUCAAAAGGUUCUUGCAUCACGGAAAGAACUGGUCGACUAUGAGCGCCGCCAACGUGAGUCACGAAGUAAAUUGGCAUCUGCUCCCCAGAUGAGCCAGGAAUCCAUCUUCAAUAAGCGCCAGCCUGUGGAUGAUGCCAAAACGUCCGGCUUUGCUUUGGGCAAAUGCUAUGGAUGUGCCAGCUCUGCUGUGGAACAUUGCAUCACUCUCUUGAGGGCACUCUCUACAAAUACACAGUACAGGCUCAUCCUGUGCAGCCAGGGGCUAAUCAGAGAGCUAGUCGCCUACAACCUGAGACACGGCAAUGUGCGUGUCAGACACGAGGUACGGCAGUUGCUCUGCUCUCUCACUCGUGACAAUCCACGAGCUACCUCGGACCUGAACUCUCUGUUGAUGGAGAAAAUUGCUAUGGCACUCAAGGGGCAUGUCACCAGCCCAGAUCUGGCUGCUGCAGUACGUCACGAAGUUGCACUGCUUGCCAGCAGCCUGCAGAAGGAAGAUUCCUGCUGGGAACAGAGAUUAAGGUGUGUGAUGAAACUUUUCUUGAUGGGAGUAAAUGCCAAGAGUUCUGUAGUAAUGGAGAGCAUCACUCUGCCCUGCCUCAAGAUUCUCCAAGUCCUCAUCAAGCCAGAGCCCUUCCAGAGCAAGAAAAAUAAAGACAAGAAUGUGGAUGCACUCGCAACUAUCAAUGUUGCUGCUAACAUGAGAGUGGGUGUGGAUCUGAAGGGCUGGCUGGCUGGCGACACCAAGAACUCCUUCCGUGCCUGGAAGAGCAGGAUGCCCCCAAGGCCUCCCACAGACCAGGGCACUCCUAAUGUCUCCAAGAUGAAGAAAGACGAAGUUCGUGCCCAGUACCUGAUGGAAAAGUAUGGUGGCAUGUGGAGGGAAAAAACUCACCAGCACUUGCUUCAGCUGAAGCUGCUCCAGUCUAAUUGGCUACGUCUAGUCAUGUUUAAUCCUUCUUCCCAGGCCGCUCGGACAAUGGCUUGUAAUGUCGUGGAAGCUCUGUGCCAGCUUCCCAGCCGUCGUCGAGAAGUGCUAGACAUGUUGACUGCAUAUCUGGAUGACCUUGGCACUGCCGGAGAGAGUGCUGCGGAGUUCCUGUCAUUGUACCAAAAUCUCAUCAGUCCCAUCCCCUGGAAGCAUUACCUUGCCCUGCGAGGACUGCUGCCUCACAUUGGGAACUUAAUCACCCGAGAAAUUGAACACCUCUCUUACUUGGAAGAGACUACCUUGAACUCGGACCUCUCACAAGGAUAUGCUUUGAAGAUGUUGACUGAGCUGCUAGAAUCGUUCAUUGAAGUGAACACAAUCCGGCAGCACUACAAAUCCAGACUAGUGGGCUGUGUCUUGAAUGGAUACCUAUCACUACGAAAGCUAGUCGUGCAAAGGACAAAACUCAUUGACGAGACACAGGAGAAAUUGCUGGAACUAUUGGAAGAGAUGACUACAGGCACAGAAUCAGAAACAAUGGCUUUCAUGGCAGUGUGCGUUGAGACUGUCAAGAAGUAUGGCUUAGACGAUCUCAGAACACCAGUAUUUAUCUUUGAAAGACUAUGUUCCGUUAUUUUUCCGGAGGAAAGUGAUUCUGGAGAAUUCUACAUCAUCCUGGAGAAAGAUCCUCAGCAGGAAGAUUUCCUGCAAGGCAGGAUGCUGGGCAACCCUUACAGCUCCAACGAGCCUGGAAUGGGGCCACUGAUGCGGGACGUCAAGAACAAGAUCUGUCAGGAUUGUGAGUUAGUUGCUCUGCUGGAAGACGACAGCGGAAUGGAACUCCUUGUCAACAAUAAAAUCAUAAACCUUGACCUGCCCAUCAAAGAUGUGUAUCGCAAGGUGUGGUGCGCGGAGAACAACGAGUCGGAGGCCAUGAGGGUGGUAUACCGCAUGCGGGGCCUGCUGGGGGAUGCCACGGAGGAGUUCAUCGAGAACCUGGACACGAAGGACAGUGAGGAGGUAGACGAGGAGGAGGUCUACAAGAUGGCCAAUGUGAUGAGUCAGUGCGGAGGCCUGGAGGUCAUGCUGGAGAGGCUGGCCACCGUCACCGACCUGGCCAGGGGAAGGUCCCUGCUCACGGUGCUGCUCAAGCUCUUCGGGUUCUGUAUCAAGGUGAAGAGCAACCGUCAGCGACUGGUGGACCCCGAGAUGAAGGCGGUGAAGACGAUGCUGGGCGUCCUGCGGCUGGCCCUGUCUGGGGAGGGGGCCGAGGGGGGCCCCACGGUGGUGGAGCAGCUGCUGCAGAUCAUGGAGACAAUCCUGGUGGAGGCCUCAGCCGGGAGCCCCUCGGAGAGCUGCGGGGAUCGGGAGGACAUCGUCCACCUGUUGUCCUCCGUGGGUGUGGCACCCAUGAAGAACUUCCCCAACCUGCUACCCCUGCUCAUGAGGGUGGUGCCCUUCCUGGCCUACGGCUCACAGGAAAAAAUGGAAUCUUUGAUUGAUUACUUCAAGCCUUAUCUCAAUUUUAACAAAUUUGACUAUGAACACACUGUGGAUGAUGAUCUGCAACUGGAAUGCUUCUGCAUGCUCUGUGCUGGCAUUGAGUGCAACGAUAAUGGCAACCGUUUGAAAGAUCUCCUGGUAGAAAAACACAUAGUUCAGGAUGCUCUGGAAUAUAUAACAGCACAUGCUCCACCUAUUAAGAGUGCUCUCUUAGGGGCUUCAGAUGAAUGGAAGGAGUUUACAUCUAAACCUGCCCUGAAAUAUGUCUUGAAGCUCUUGACAGGUCUUAGCCAGAACCAUGAAAAGACUCAGCAUUUAGUGAGUGCUGAAUGCAUUCCAAUCAUACACAGGUUGGAACAGGUAUCCAGUGACGAGAGGGUGGGCUCUCUAGCAGAGAACUUGAUGGAAGCUAUUAAGAGGAACCCGAGUGUGGCACAAAAGAUAGAGGAGGUGCGCAAACAGACUAAGGAUGAAAAGAAGAGGCUAGCCAUGGCCAUGAGAGAGAAGCAGCUCGGAGCCCUUGGCAUGAGUACGAAUGAGAAGGGACAGGUAACUGCCAAGAGUUCUCUUUUGAAACACGUGGAGGAGCUAGGAGAGGAAUCUGGUCUCGUGUGCAUCAUAUGUCGAGAGGGUUACAAAUUCCAACCCACAAAAGUGCUCGGCAUUUACACUUUUACCAAGAGGUGCCAUGCAGAAGAAUUCGAAAACCGGUCGAGGAAGACGCCUGGGUACAGCACAGUCACACACUUCAAUGUCGUUCACGUGGACUGCCAUAUGGCAGCUGUCAGGCAUGCUCGAGGUCGAGACGAAUGGGAGAGUGCAGCUCUACAAAAUGCGAACACCAAGUGCAAUGGUUUGCUUCCUCUGUGGGGACCUCAGGUGCCAGAGUCAGCCUUUGCCAGCUGCCUUGCCAGGCAUAACACUUAUCUCCAAGAGUGCACUGGCCACAGGGAUGUGGGUUACUCCUCAACAGUGCAUGACCUCAAGCUCCUGCUGCAUAAGUUUGCUUUUGAAAAGUCUUUCAGUGAAGACAGUGGAGGAGGGGGACCACAGAGCAACAUGCACCUUAUUCCCUAUCUAAUACACAUGACUCUUUAUGUAAUAAACACGACUAGAUUUGUGAGCAGCGAAGAAAAGAAUAUUGUAAACUUCCUAGAAAUGCAACGCAGCAAGUGGGUCGAAAAUUGCUAUGAGUUAGAGGGACCCUUGUACUGGAUGACGAUGUGUGUAAUUGUGUUCCCUCCUUCCAAAUGGCAGAAGUUAAGAAAAAAUUUCCUGAAGCGGGUACUGAUCUUGUCACAGGCAAGGCACAUCAGCCCCCAAGGGGUCACUACCCUCUCUGAUGCUGUACCCAAAGACUUCACGGUUUACAAGUCAUACCUCCUCUUCUUCGGACUCAUUGAUGGGCUCUACAAAAAAAUGUUUAAAAAAGUUGCUGUGAGUGAGAAUGAAGAAUGGGCAGUUGUUCUAGCAGAUUACGUUCGGCAGAAUGACCAACCCCUGCUAGAAGCCGGCGACAGCCUGCUGCGUUUCUUUGAAGAUGACUUGAUGCCUGUGCAGUCAUUUGCCGAAUUUUGUGAUGUUUUAGAUCUUUUGCACGAUAUUCCCGAUCCACAAGACUUCCUAGAAGACUCCCUCCGUCAAGUCGAUGAAAGGGAGUUUUAAUUAAAUUUUUAGCAGGAAGAAGAAUGAUUCAUGUAUUUAUUUAUUUUCCUUUUCAAAGGACUGCCGUAUAGAGUAAACAGUGAUUAUACGCUCCAGUUAGCCAGAACUGUUGAAAUUAUUUUGAAAUUGUUAAGUGUUAUAUUUGUGCUUUAUACUUGUACUAUAUUCAACAUUCAGCAAACACCAGCUUGCAUAACUUAAUGGGAUGAAAUAAAUGCUUUAUAAAAAAA